AGUCUUUAGUGCAGUUUAAACUCAAGGGAAUAUACUGGUGUUCCUCAGAGGAAAAGAAAAGGACUGCAGAGCUACUAUUCUGGCGGAGAAUCAUUUAAACCACCAUGAUGAAAAACAUCUCUACCACCCCUGCAACAACCACCUCCUGGACUACAAACAGCGCCCUUUUUCUCAUCACCAGAAAUACCACAGAGAUGAACUUGACCACGAUCCCUGACGCCACAAACAAUUGUACAGACGAUGAUGCACUGCAAAGCCUGUUGGCGGUGCUCUACUCUAUAAUCUUCAUCCUGGGUUUAGUGGGGAACCUGGUGGCCCUUUGGGUUUUCUUCUGUGUUCACUCUAAGAAGAACUCUGUGCGGGUGUUUCUCAUAAACACAGCUUUCGCAGACCUGCUGCUGGUGGUAUGUCUGCCAUUCAGGAUUCUCUAUCACAGCCAGGGUAACCAGUGGAACUUACAUCCCAUCUUGUGUAAAGUCGUGGGUAACCUCUUCUACAUGAACAUGUAUAUCAGUGUCACACUGCUGGGGUUGAUCAGCGUGGAUCGCUACCUGAAGAUCCAUCGUGGUGCAGGGGGGCAGCACAGACUGCGGUCUACAAGGUGGAGUAAAGCCCUCUGUGCAGUCCUCUGGAUUGUGUCCUGUGCCCUGGCCUUGCCACUCCUGAUGUCAAAGAAUCACGCCAAGACGAAAAGGUGUUUCCAUUACAAGCAGCUCCAUGAUGAAAAGUGGAAAGCCUACAUCAAUAUCUUCGUACUGGUUCUCUUCUGGCUCAUAUUCAUCUGUCUGGUGGUGUCUUACGGAAAGAUUGCCCUCAAGCUUCUGAAAACAUCCAAAGAGAAACCAGACCUGCCCAACGCAGCCCACUACGCUCGAACGGCCAAGAAGUCCUUCUUCAUCCUCUUUGUCUUCACCGUCUGUUUUGUCCCCUAUCACACGGUCAGGGUGUUUUACAUAAAAACCCAGAUCACAGACACUUUAUGUUUCUGGCAGAAUUUGGCUGACAAAACCAACGAGGUGGCUUUGGUAUUUUCCGCCCUCAACAGCUGCCUGGAUCCCGUUAUGUACUUCCUGUUGUCCUCGUCAGUGAGGAAGGAGGUGCUGCGCUUGGUGAGCAACGUGUUUUGUGUGCGAGAUGUUCCUGGAGUCAGCGGGAGCAGCUCCAGUGCCGAGUGGGACGGUAAGCCUGGGAGGACUGUCAGAGGACAGGCACACAACAACUUAUUCAGCCAUUUGAAGGACAGCUCAGAUGAACUCUAAAGGUAUUCUGAGACAAUAAGCCUCCAUCGUUUACAACAUGAACAUGACAGGCAAGGAGAGUGAGGUUGGAUCAACCAAGGAAAACCAUGCAGGAACAAACUUCAAGUUUAAGUGUGAAAGUUUUAGUGGCAUCUAGUAGUGAGAGUUGUGAAUUGCAACCAACUGUCCAGUCUACCACUGACCCACUUUCUGUCGAUAGAUCCUCAGAAAUAUUACACACUGAACCUUUAAGUCAGAAUGUGGAAUCAACAUGGACACUACUACAAAGAUGUGUUGGUUUAACAUUAUCAGAGCAUGUAAACAACUCCAUGUUGCCCGCCAUGUUUUAUGACAUCAACAACUCCUGUACCAACAUUUCCUUAAACUUAACUUCAGCAGAUUCGUCAUUGACCAUAUUUUAAAGAUUUUGCAUUGAUGUGGGAGAAUGUGGUAUUUUGCUUUUCUAAAAGUCAAAUCAAAAAAUUCCACAAUAAUAAAUGUAAAUUCAGGAGUCAAAUUAUUACAUCAAUUACAUUACAAUAUCUCAUUUUAAUUUCUAAAUCCAAUAACAAAAGGCUAUGAAAACUGUCAUCAUAAGGUCCACUUUUAAUUUCUUUAUUUAAUAUGG